GCAGCCGGCGCUCUGUCCCCUCCACACCCUCCACGUGUAAGGCCGCCGCGGGCGGCAUGACCGGCCGGCCUGGUGGCGCCUCCUCCGGCCCUCCCGCGUGGGGGCGCACGCUUUCUUUAUUGCCCCCGGGCGCGGGACCGCCCGGUGGCUCACGCGGUGGCGUUUCGGUGGUUGCUCCGCCCCCGAGGCCGACGGCGACGCGGGUGGAUUGAGGGGAGGAGGCGCCGCGGCGAAAAAUCUAGGGGAGCGCGCGUCGGUGCGGUGGCAUUGCGCCUAAGCUCGGCCCUCGUGCGUUCGUACGCGGGGGACGGGAGGCGAUCGCCGUCGCGCGCCCCCCGCCGUCUUCUCUUCGCGCGCCACGACGCCAUGGCCGAGAUUUGCUGCGACGAUGCCAAGUUGGCUUCUGCGUCGGCCGUCACGGCGCUCGCCAGGCGCCGGCCCAGGGUGGAGCUGGGCGUGGCCGGGUCCGGGGCGUGCCGCCCCACGCCGGGCGCGGCUGCGGCCUCGGACGAGGGUGGCAGCGGCGGCCAAGGCAAGCGGCGGAGGGUGGCGUGCGCGGCGCCCGGCCGCUCGAGCCGGGGGCUCGGGUCGAUGUGCUGGCCGGCGUACGGCGUCACCUCCGUCCGCGGCCUCCGGCGCGAGAUGGAGGACGCCGUGUCCAUCAGGCCGGACUUCCUGCACGGCGGUGGCGGCGCCUCCUCCUCCGGCAAGCACCAUUUCUUCGGCGUCUUUGACGGCCACGGCUGCUGCCAUGUCGCCAGGUUGUGCCAGGACAGGAUGCACGAGCUGGUCGCGGAGGAGUACAACAAGGCGGGCUCCGGCGAGGGUGCAACCGCGGCGGCGGAGCCGGCGUGGAAAGAGGUGAUGGAAAGGGGGUUCGCGCGGAUGGAUGACGAGGCCGCGAGCUGGGCCGCGACCCGCAGCGGCAACGACCUCGCCUGCCGCUGCGAGCUGCAGAAGCCGGCGCGGUGCGACCACGCGGGCUCCACCGCCCUCGUCGCCGUCGUCGGCCCCACCAGCGUAGUCGUCGCUAGCGCCGGCGACUCCCGCGCCGUCCUCUCCCGCGGCGGCGUCCCCGUCCCCUUAUCCGUCGACCACAAACCUGACCGGCCCGACGAGCUGGAGCGCAUCCAGGCAGCAGGUGGCCGCGUCAUCUUCUGGGACGGCGCCAGGGUGCUCGGCGUCCUCGCCAUGUCUCGAGCCAUCGGGGACGGCUACCUGAAGCCGUUCGUGACGGCGGAGCCGGAGGUGACGGUGGCGGAGCGCACCGACGAGGACGAAUGCCUGAUCCUGGCGAGCGACGGGCUGUGGGACGUGGUGACCAACGAGAUGGCGUGCGAGGUCGUCCGGGCGUGCUUCCGGAGCAACGGCCCGCCGUCGCCUGGCGCGCGGCCGAGCGGGGUGGGCAGGGCCGACUCCGACCGGGCGUGCUCCGACGCGGCCCUGCUGCUCGCGAAGCUCGCGCUCGCGCGCCGGAGCUCGGACAACGUCAGCGUCGUCGUCGUCGACCUCCGGCGGGGGUCCUGAGCCCCCUGAUUCUUGGGGGAAAAUGAUUGCAUGCCCCCCGCCAUUGUUGAUGCUGCUGUCCCCGCUACCUACUGCACGAUGGGUUAAAUAAUACUAGGUCUAAUUCCCUGAUCUGCGCAGAAUCCUCAUCAUAGAUUACUGCUAGUACAUGAGUCUCGUAGGGUUAGCGGAUCGCGAGUUCGUCGCAAUCAACAAACUGAAUUAUGUCCGGCAGAUGCAGAGCACCUGAUUGACCGGCGGCUGAAUUAUGUGGGAGCACUUCGGAUAGAA